AUGGAAAUUGUUCAUGAUCAAAAAUAUUACGAUUCUAUUGCCUUACAAUUACUAACAUUAUUAGCCCAAAAUUCACUUGCAGAGUUUCAUAUUCAAAUUGAAUCAUUACAACAAGAAGCUCAUUAUAAUAAUAAUAUUAAACAAGUUAUUUCUAUGGAACAAUUCUUCAUAGAAGGAAGAUAUAAUCGUGUAUUAGAAGGAGUUCAAUCACUUCAAUUAGGAGAUAUUUCAUCAUUGUUACCAUUAUUAAAACAAACAUUAGUAGAAGCUGUUGCAGCAACAAUAGAAACAGCUUAUCAUAUUCUUCCAAUUGACUAUACUAAGAAAGUAUUAAUGAUUUCAAAUGACUCAGAAUUCAAUGAAGUAGUAGCAAAUCAUCAAUGGAAAAUUGAAGGAAAUCAAAUAAUUUUUGAAUUACCUAAAGUGGAUAAAAAGAAAGGAGAGACAUUAAGUUCUUUUGAAAACAUUUCUGAUUCACUUUCCUUGAUUAAAGAAAUGGAUGAAAUGAUGUAA